AUGUUUUUGAGAAUUUUUAAUCGUUGUGCUUCGACAGCAACUGCUAGUCGUCCAACAAGUUUUACAUUCCCUCAACGUCUUAAUCGUUCACCAACAGCAAUACUUGAAGCAUUAAAUUCAUGUGUUCAAACUGAUGGUGGAAAUCCAGCAUAUAUCUUUAUGGAUGAUCCAUUUCUAAUACCAACAUCAGGACAUGAAAAACGACAAUUAGCAUUAUCAAAAGCUUCAGGUAAAAAAGCGGCUCGAUGGAUUAUUGAUCGAUAUUCUUAUGCAUUUUUUCAUGAUGUUGCUGCACCAUCAAUACCAUCAUAUUUCCCAAGUUAUACAUUUGAUGAAAAAGAAUUUAUUGAACCAGAUGAAACAACUCUAUAUAAAUUAAUGAAUUGGAAUAAAAUUACAAAAGCAUAUGAAAUAUACAAAAAAUGUUUAGAGAAUAAUGUUGAUAUAUCAAGUACAUGCAAAUAUGCCUUAUUUGAUUUAUUAUGUAUUUAUAAUAGUGAAAAUCCAAUGGAUACUUUACCACCGGAAGAAGAUUGGUAUAGAAGAGAAUUAAAUGAAACAAAUCAAUCAGGUUUAACUAAACGAACUUGGAAAGAUAAUGGUUUAGCUGAACAAAUGUUCGAAGAAUUAAAACUUUCUGCAACAUCAGUUGAACAAAAAAUUCGUCUCUAUAAUUCAUUUGCUAGUGGUUUACUUAAAUAUAAUUAUGCUGAAAAAGCUAUGACAAUUCUUGAUGAAAUGAGACAAAAUAAGAUUUCAAUUGAUUUAACAACCUAUAAUUAUCUUCUUCGUUCAAUUAGUUCUAUUAAAGAAUCUUAUGAAGCACGCUGGCAAUUUAUAACUGAAUGUUUACAAGAUAUGAAACAAAAUUCUAUUCAACCAAAUUUACGUACAUUUAAUUCAAUACUUUAUACAUUAAGACGUUGUUCAUUAUAUGAACAAGGUCCCAUAUUAGCAUUAUCAAUACUAAAGGAAAUGCGACAAUGUGGAAUUGAACCAUCAUUAGGUACAUGGGCACAUAUUAUUAUGAUAUUUUAUCCAAAUGAUCAAAUUGGUUAUGAAACACAAAUAUUACCACAGAUUAUGGAUGAAUUAGAAAAACAAUAUGAAUCAAAUGGACAUCAAUUUCAAUGGAAAGAUAUUGAUGAUAGUGAAUUCUUUUUUAAUGCAAUGUUUAAAGCGACAGUAAAUUGUCGAGAUAUUGACUUAGCUAAACGUAUUCAUCGUUUUCUUAUGACUGGUUCAAAUAGUCGUUUUAUCCCUGAUGGUUUUAAAGAACAAAUGUAUUAUGCAAAUUUAUUUCGUUUACUUUUUCGUGUUGAUAUGCCUGAACAGGUUAUGCCAUUAUGGGAAUCCGUUGUACCAAAUAUUUAUUCACCAUCAAUAAAUGUUAUUGAAGAUCUAAUGGAAUUUAUUUCAACAUGGAAUAUAAAUGAUUAUUAUGUUCGUCUUUGGUCAGAUUUACUUAUGUUAGGUUUUAUUGAUAAUAAACAAAAUAAUCGUCGAAUUAUUGAACGUUAUUUAAUGUUACUUAAUCGUACAAAUACUCAGGAAAAUUUAUCGAAAGAUCAAAUUAAACAAUAUGCAAAUAUAGCACGACAAAUAUUAAAACGUUUUCCUUUAGUACCUGAAGAAGAACAAAAAUUUGAAAAUACGAAUGAUAAUCAAAAACAAGAAAUUAGUGAAGAACAACAACGAAGAAAUCAAUUUAAACAACUUCAACCAGUAUUUCAAUAUAGUGGACAAUUAUUAUCAAAUCUUAUUUGUUUAUUAGCACAAGCCGAUGAUUUUGAUGCUAGUUGGUCAUUAUACGAACAUUAUUUAUCGAAUAAAAAUACACUUAUUAAUCCAUUAAAUGAAAAAAGUCUUAUGUUAUUAUUAUCAUUAUCAAUCAAACAAAAUCAUAUUAAUCGUGCAUUAGAUAUAAUUGAAACAAUCAAUGAACUUAAUUAUGAAUGUUUAAGUGAUGCACUUGAUCUACUUAAUCGUAAUGUUAAUUUAAGUAUUAAUGAUCGACAACGUUUAAAAACAAUACAAAAAAAUUCUUCAUUAGAGAGUGCACAUCAUGUUAAACUUAUUUAG